GGGGUGGGGUCCUCGAAGCGACAGCUCCCUGCCGCGGUGGGUUGUGGGCCGUCCCUUCCUCCUUUCUUCCUUUCCUCGGCGUGAGAGUGGCACGAUGGGUAAGUGUCGUGGGCUUCGUACAGCCAGGAAGCUGCGCAGUCACCGUCGUGACCAGAAAUGGCAUGACAAACAAUACAAGAAGGCCCAUUUGGGUACUGCUCUGAAGGCCAACCCUUUUGGAGGAGCUUCCCAUGCUAAGGGCAUUGUCCUGGAAAAAGUUGGUGUAGAAGCUAAGCAGCCAAAUUCUGCCAUCAGGAAGUGUGUCCGAGUCCAGCUCAUCAAGAACGGCAAGAAGAUAACAGCCUUUGUUCCUAAUGAUGGUUGUUUGAACUUCAUUGAGGAGAACGACGAGGUCCUGGUUGCUGGCUUCGGUCGAAAGGGUCAUGCUGUUGGUGACAUUCCUGGAGUUCGUUUCAAGGUUGUCAAAGUCGCAAAUGUUUCCCUACUAGCCUUGUACAAAGGCAAAAAGGAGAGGCCCAGGUCAUAAAACCACAUUUUGUUAUCAAAAUGAUCAAUAAAGUUUUCUCUUAAGAAA